GCACGCAGCCGGCACAGGUCAGUCAGUAGGGGAGAGCGGACCAGAGUGACUGACAGACACCGGGGAGGGACUGAGUCGCACGCAGCCGGCACAGUCAAGAGUCUGAGGAUGGUGACAUCCCGGUUCGUCCUGGCACCACUGGUGCUGGCUGCUGCCGUCUCGGCGCAGACGUUCAUCAACUACUCCGGUGUUCCCAGUCAGCUGGGUCUGUUGCUUCAAGGAGGGUACGCGCGCAGCGGCGUCGACCCGUGCCACCCGUCCCCGUGCGGGCCCAACACCGAGUGCAGCAUCAACCACCGGGGCGUGGGCGUGUGCCGCUGCCUGCCCGGCUACUUCCCCAAGCCGGACACCGUCACCGGCUGCGGACCGCAGUGCACCAGCGACUCCGAGUGUCCCGGCUACCGGUUCAUCUGCCGCAACCAGAAGUGCGUCGACCCGUGCCAGGACGGAAACCCGUGCGGCAUCAACGCCGAGUGCAACGUGGUGAACCGAGCGGUCCGGUGCACCUGUCCGCCCGGCUACGAGGGCAGCCCCUACAGCCGCUGCUCGCUGGCCUCCAUCACAGCUCGUGCCAGUGGCCCCAUUUACCGCGGCUCUCACAGCAACACCGUCUACCGCACCCGGAACGCCAUCGUGAGCCCGCCGGCGCCUCCCAGCGACCCCUGUUCGGGCACCGUGUGCGGCCCCAACGCCGAAUGUGAUGCUGUCAACGGACGAGCGGUGUGCUCGUGUCCGGCCGGUUACCAAGGCAACCCGCUGACCGGCUGCCGCCGCGGAGAGUGCACCGACGACGUGGAGUGCCCGCUGCACCAGGCGUGUAUCGACCUGCGGUGCCAGAACCCGUGCUCGGUAGGAGUGUGCGGCUCCGGGGCCGACUGUAACGUGGAGAACCACGGCGCCAUCUGCAGCUGUCCGGUGAACCACAUCGGCGACCCCUUCAUCAGCUGCCGAUACGACCCCGAGGCCGCCUGCUCGCCGUCUCCGUGCGGCACCAACACCAACUGUAAGGUGGAGGGCGGCCGGGCCGUCUGCAGCUGCAUCCAGAACUACAUCGGCAACCCGCUGUCCGGCUGUCGGCCAGAGUGUGUCUCCAACGGCGAGUGCGCCGGCCACCAGACCUGCGUCCAGAACCGGUGCCAGAACGCGUGCUCGGAGGGCGCCUGUGGCCAGGGGGCUCGCUGUGAGGCGGUCAACCACCGGGCCGUGUGCAGCUGCCCUCAGUACUACCGUGGCAACGGCCUGACCGGCUGCUACCCCGAGUGCACGAGCCACAGCGAGUGCGCCGCCCACCAGGCGUGCUUCCAGCUGCGCUGCACCGACCCGUGCGCCGGCGCCUGCGGGGUCGGCGCCGAGUGUAAGGUCACCAACCACAAGGCCAUCUGCUCGUGCCCCAAGGGCUACGAGGGUCACCCGUUCGACAGCUGCCGGCCGGCACAGCCCAAGGACCUGUGUUCGCCAAACCCGUGCGGCCAGAACGCCGAGUGUAACCCGGGCACGGACAACACGGGAGCGCCGCGGCCCGUCUGCACGUGCCCGCGCGGCUACUUCGGAAACGCCCUCUCCUUCUGCCAGCGCGGAGAGUGCGAGACUGCGGCCGACUGCAGCUCCAGCCAGGCCUGCUACGGCUACCACUGCCGCAACCCGUGCAUCAGCGAGGCGGGCGGCAGCGUGUGUGGUACCAACGCGCUCUGCAACGCCAAGAACCACAAGGCGGUCUGCUACUGUCCGCAGGAGUACACCGGCGACCCGCUCACCGAGUGCCGCCUGAAGCCCGUGGCCAGGAGCAACAUCCGGCGCUACAAGCGUUUCCUGGACGGUCUGCUGUCUCUGGCCAGGAAGGAGGCGGAGCAGGAGGCUGCCGAGGAGGCUACUGAGGAGCAGUGAGACGGGAGCGACUUCACAGACCACGGCAGACGACAGCGAGUCAGGAGUCGAUGCAGUGUGACAAGCGAGAGAGGGCGUAAUGUCACAGGGAGAGAGAUUCAGUGUAGCGUGACGCUGGAACAGCGGAGGACUCUGGCCCAUACGAUCGUGGUAAGCGGUAGUAGCUGGAGAUGGUACAGCCAUCUGGUGGAUAGCAUUACCCAGGCAACAAACUAGAUGGCGCCUGGUUGGAGAAAUAUGCAUCGUUUAGGCUGCAGAAGCCGUUCCUUAGAACUAAGAGGGAUGCCUGACUGUCUAAAACGUCAGGGCGAACUGCAAAGGACACCCCGGCGGACUUCUAGGCGCCCUGGCGGCCUGCUAAGCGCCGUGGCGGACUGCUGGGGGCGCUGCCGUCGAGGUCAUUAGUCUCUCUGGCACUAUGUGCUCGCACAGUCCACGACAACUCAUUAACUCAUGCGCCGUUCAGCAUCGGGCCUCGCCGAGCCCGCGGGCCCCUCAUACUCAUCUCACGGGACCGGGACGCUGCCGGCUGCUCUGGGGCCAGGCUGACCUCACCCGAACCGGCCGGGUCGGUAGGGCUGCCCGGCUCCCAGGGCAGUGUGCCCCGCCAGACACUCAUCACACAGGGCUAACAUAAACCGCGGUUCAGCGCGCUUCAUUACUACAUCCAGUGUAUGUGUGUUCGUGUGGCACCUUGUGGUUUUAACAUGUCAGAGAUAAGACAAUACACCGUCUAGCGAGACGAA